AUGGAGGUUGUCAUGUCUGCAGUUGCAGGUGAACUUGUGAGCCGUUUCAUCUCCUUCCUGCUGAACAAGUAUGAUUCGAGUCGGUCACACUCCGAGGAGAAGGUGAUGGAGCGGUUGCAACAUCUCCUAAUGAGAGUUUGCACCAUUGUUGAGGAGGCCGACAUGCGAUACAUAACCAACUCCGGGAUGAUGAUGCAGCUCAAGACACUAUCAGAGGCCAUGUACCAAGGAUACCAUGCGCUGGACAACUUAAGGUACCGUGCCCUCCAAGUCACUGCAGGCUUCGAAGAGGUUAGCAUCAAUGACUCAUCUGGCAGCAGCCUAUAUUUAGCCAAGCGUUCUCGAAGUACAAAUGAUAAGGUCACGCGCCUCGAGUCACAUGGUGCCUUGGAAAGCUUAGAAAUUGUUAUUGCUAAUAUGUCAGAAUUUAUUGUUCUUCUCGGUGGAUGUGAGCGCAUGUCCCGUAGGCCAUAUGAUGUUUAUCUUUACACUGAAAAUUUCAUGUUCGGCCGACACAUUGAGAAGCAAAAGCUCUUGAGCUUCUUGUUGCAGCACAACAACUCUCCUGGUGAUGAUGCACCGGCAGUUCUUCCGAUCAUAGGUGGUGCAGCAAUUGGGAAGAAAACUUUGGUUGCUCAUGCGUGCGGUGACGAAAGGGUUCGCUCACGCUUCUCCUCUAUUUUGCACUUGAAUGGAGACAACCUUUUGAGAAGACCUGACCAUGGAAUGACCAUGGAAGGAAGGAUAUUAUUAGUUAUUGAGUUUUCUUGUGAUAUUGGCCAAGAUAAUUGGAACAGGUUUUACUUAUUUGCCAUUGGAAUGGGAAGAGGAAGCAAGAUCAUCAUCUUAAGUAGACUUAAAACAUUAGCUCGAUUCGGAUCAGUGAAACCUAUUUUUCUAAGUGCAAUGUCUAGCGAUGAGUUGAAGUACCUUUUCAAGACACUGGCAUUCGGGAGCGUAGACCCCACAGAACAUCCACGGCUAGUAAAACUAGCAGAUGAAUUUGGCAAGCUGUUACACAAUGUGCCAGAUACACUUAUCGCAAUAAAUAUACUCGCAGAUGUGUUGAGAAUGAACCUCAGUGUUCAGUAUUGGCUUUGCAUAUUGGACAAGGGUCUAAGAUACAUUAAAAGAAACCUCUCCACAUAUGGUGUGCAACCAAGCAUGCUUUUAGAAGAAGACCAUCCAGUGGACAUAACAGAUUUUGCUUUGCAUCCACUUAGCAUGAUACCUUGUACAACUAAUUUUUCAAUCAAGAAGGAAUUGCCAAGUCUAACACUUGGUGAACUUAUCAGAGAUCCCAGUGUUACGCCGAAACAAGAUUUCAUUAUAAUUGCAUGGGAAUCAAGGAUACCUCCUCAUAAAUCAUUUCCUCAUUUUGUUACAAGUCAUGCUCAAGGCGGACAUGAAGUUAGUGCCUUGCCAGGGAGGAAGCGAAGAGGAGUGCCAAUUUAA